GCUAGCCCGGGUUCGGCGGGUUGGUGCGAAUGGUGAGUGUCAUCACUAACGGAGUGAACACUUAGCAUGGCAGAAGACUUGGUGGUGUUUCAGGCAGGGAAGGUCACCAAAAAACUCCCUUGCAGUUACGCAAGAUAUGGGAGAACAUCAAAGCUAGGAGCAAGAAUGAUUACUCCCAGCACAAGGCUGAGAGGGUCAAGACAGGUGGUAAGUCACCAAAGCCUGUGGAUCCUCUCUCACAAAGCAUCCUUCCUUUGCUGGACAAUGAAUUGGACCCACUAUGCAACACAUUGGACAGUGAUCAUGGACACCACACAGUUGUUGUUGAAAAUGAAGCUGAUGGGUCUGUGACACUUUCUCUCUCACAGCUGGAGGAUCCCAUCUAAGAGGAAAUCUCUCCUCAGCAAGUGCCCUAUGGUAGCCCAGCUGCCCCUGCUCAGCCAGUGCUCCACAAUGGUCCUGGUGUCUCUCCUCAGCCAAUGCUCCACAGCAGUCCUACUGCCACUGUGGAACAGCCAGUGACUCCAAGGCCAAGGAAGAGGCACUUGUUAAAGAAGAGGCUGGUACAAGAUGCAAAGCAGGAUGAACUGACACAUGAAGAAAUAUGGGAUGACACUUUACUGAUCCAGCAAUAUGACGAGGCAAUGGCAAAGGUGACCUCAAAAUUAGCUCAGCGAACCUCUAUGGCCAACACCACAGAGAGUGAACAGUCAGAGGCUAGUCACAGGGAUAUGGGAGGCCAGGACCAGCAACAUGCCAACUACAACACAACGUCCAACAGCAAUAGGAAGAAAAAGAAAAAAAGCAAAAAGAAACAUGAUUGGCAGAUUGGGAAUUACUGCCGAGCAUGUUACACAGAGGAUAAUGAAUGGUACGAAGCUACUAUUAUUGCCAUCAAUCCCCACACUGGCCGUUGCACCGUACGCUAUCUGGGCUACAACAAUGAAGAGCAACUACCUCUUAACGUCCUCCACAAGACUAAGGGUGAGGCUGCACGACGAAAGCAGCUGGAGAUGGCAGCAUGUGAUGCCAUGUCAGAGAUGGAUCAGUGUAGUUCAGUGGCAGAGAGUGACCAGCAGUCUGAUACAGACUGUGAAAAGAACAGCAAGAGACAAUGUCUGCCAUCUAAUCAAUACAAUCCACACAACAUGAUGCCCCCCCCAAAUUACCCAUCAGGUGGACUCAGCACCCCUCCGCCACAUCUUCCUUUGCUGCCCCCACCCCCAGCCCUCGCCUUGAAUACUGGUGAGAACUCCGAGACAUCAGAGGCACUACAUACUAUGUUAAUGAGCUGGUACAUGACUGGCUACCAUACAGGCUACUACCAGGGCAUUCAACAAACACAGGCUAGGCGGAAGAACCGGUAGUUGCAAGACUCUAAUGGGAUGUACAGUUGCCUUACAUGCUGUUUUAAUCAGAAAGUCUCUCGUCCUGUGACAACAAAGGCAUUCAAUGGUGGUUGUAAUCGUGGAUUUCAGUGUGUAUGGAUUCUUUUAACUGUUUUGUCAAGAGAUGUUAAAGUAUAACAUAGCACUAUAUAUUGUGAUAUACUUACUGUAAUCAUGUAAAUUAGGUAAUUACAGAAAUAUGAUUAGAAAUGUCUAACUGAAGCUUGACGGAUUGUCAUCCAAAUAGGUUGAGAGAUGCUAAAAUAGACAUUUUUCUGCCCUUUUUUUUAUAUGAUGUGCUCAGAGCGAGAGUGAUGUAAGAGACCUUGUGACCAAAAUUAUCAUUUUUAUUAUAUUGUCUUGAUAACCAGUGUUUUGAUAACCAGUAUUGAAGUCCCUCUGAAGAUGUACAUUUGAUAUUGUUUGUAACAUUUUUAAAGUAAAGUAAUCUUUUGCA